AACAUUAUCGACACUUGGUGGUACCACCACAUAUACUUUAAAAAAAAAAACUUUCACUAGCCUAGAACUGUCCCGUGUGAAUUAAACUAGUUUCGGUUCACGUGAAUCUCUCUCUGCUUCAACAGAAGAAGACAAGAUGGGUGAUAUGUUUCCACCACGUUUGAAGAAGUUUUGGGACAAAUGGAACAUUCGUGGAGUCAUAAUGCUCAGUCUAUUCCUCCAAACAAUCCUUAUCUUCUUUGCACCGAGCCGGAAACGCACAGCAAAGAAGCUCUUCCUCGUGCUCAUAUGGUCAGCUUAUCUUCUUGCUGAUUGGGCGGCCGAUUACGCAGUGGGACAAAUCUCAGACAGUCAAGAAGAAGCUGCUGACAAACAUGACAAGACCCGUGAGCUGUUAGCUUUCUGGUCACCUUUCCUUCUCUUGCACCUUGGAGGUCCAGACACCAUUACAGCACUUGCCCUGGAGGAUAAUGAGCUUUGGAACAGACACUUGUUCAGCCUUGUCUGCCAAGCGGUCGCUACUGUCUACGUGAUCUUGUUGUCCACACCCAACAGGCUUCUGACUCCGACGGUUAUCAUGCUUUUCGGCGGAGUGAUCAAGUAUGUCGAGAGAACAUCAGCCUUGUUCUCAGCGAGUCUUGACAAGUUCAAGGACUCUAUGCUCGAGGAUCCUGACCCUGGUGCUAACUACGCGAAGCUCAUGGAGGAAUAUGCUAAUAAAAGGGAUAUGAAUAUGCCAACCGAGGUCAUUGUCGUGGAGGAUCCAGAGAAAGGGCGUGAAUGCAAUACUCCGGUUAGACCCAAGGAUGAUCUCACCAACCUUCAAGUCGUUCAGUAUGCUUUCAAGUACUUUAAUAUCUUCAAAGGUCUUAUUGUUGAUCUUAUCUUCACUAACAAGCAACGCGACGAGAGCAGGAAGUUCUUCGACUCUCUGAAACCAGAAGAAGCUCUAAGAAUCAUCGAAGUCGAGCUCAGCCUCAUCUACGAAAGCCUCUUCACAAAAGCGGAGAUUCUUCAUAACUGGACCGGAGCUGUGUUCCGGGUUAUAGCUCUAGCGUGUCUUGUCUCCUCACUCUGUCUCUUCAGUCUUAAAAACGAAGCUGAGUACGAAGGAUUCGAUGUUGCUCUUACUUACGCGCUGCUCAUAUGUGGAAUAGCUCUUGAUUCCAUCGCUCUUCUCAUGUUCUGUGUCUCUGACUGGAGCAUCGCUAGACUGAGGAAUCUCAAGGAGGACCUGGACGAGAAAGACCCUUGGGCUUGGGUGGACAGAGUUCUCAACUGGAUCCUCGGCUUCAGGACGCUGAGGUGGAAAAGAUCCAUAUGUUUCAUGGAUGGACAUGAAGUUCUCGACAGGAACUUUAUGUUUCGCAGAUGGUCUGAGUAUGUUCAUGCGUACAACUUGAUCGGUUACUGCUUGAAGAUACGUCCCAAGAGAUUCCAUCCUACCAAGGGUAUGAUACACAGUUUCAUCCCAUGCUCCGGAACUCGCCAGUUUUGUAGCUUGAUCCACCGUACUCUAAGCAACUUGAGCAAGUGUAACUGCAUCAUCCUUCCAGUUACUUUACUUCGUCACCAGCUUGGACGUUUGAUCAGGUCCGUCCUAGAGUUUUUCGGUCUCACCGAGUUGGUUGAGGAGAUAAGAUUCACAACCAGUGAUCGUCUCACGAGAGAGCUGUGGGAGUUCAUAUUCAAACAGGUGCAACACAAACAUCGUUUUGCUGAAGAUCCAGAGAGUGCCAAGAGUAUAUCUUCAGCUAGAGGAGACUGGACUUUAGUUGAAACAUCAAGCAAAACGGCAGAAGGAGGACCAGACCAUGCGAAGCUUCUGAGAUAUGUGACGGAAAAGGAUUACGACCAGAGCAUUCUCAUGUGGCACAUCGCUACAGAACUUUUGUACCAAAGCCCUGAAGAAAAAGAAGGCAUCACAAAGAAGGAAGAAUACACUAACCGAGAGUUCAGCAAAAUCCUAUCUGACUACAUGAUGUACCUCCUUAUCAUGCAGCCUGCGCUUAUGUCAGCUGUGUCCGGAAUCGCAAAGAUACGUUUCCUUGACACAUGCGCAGAGGCAAACGAGUUUUUCGAGAGGAGGCAUAUCAAUAAAACAAGGCAGGAUGAGAAAGAGAACCUGGUGAAAGAAGCUAGCCGAGCUAUUCUCUCUGUCAAAACAUAUGUUGAGCCUAUGGAUGUGAAAGGAGACCGAAGCAAAUCUGUGCUGUUUGAUGGAAGCGUGCUUGCACAGGAGCUGAUGAAGUUACAAAAGGGAAGAGAGAACAUGUGGGAGGUAGUGAGCAAAGUGUGGGUUGAGUUGCUUUGCUUUGCAGCAACUCAUUGUGACUCUCAAGAACAUGCCUCUCAGCUCAGCAAAGGUGGUGAGCUUAUUAACUUCGUCUGGUUGUUAAUGGCUCAUUUUGGACUCGGAGACCAGUUCCAAAUCAAUAGGGAUGAUGCUAGAGCCAAACUGAUCGUGGCCAAGUGAUUAGUCCAAAAAGAAACUACACAAAAAUCAUCAAUAAACUAGUUUCUUUGUGUGUGUUUUGAAUUUGUACUUCCUUGAAUAAUCUGCACUUGUAGUGUAGUCAACUUAUUCGAUGUUUAUUGAAAAUGAAAAUCAUCUCUUUUGUUAGUUUAUUGCCAUUGAUAAUGAACUUGCCAUUUUUUGCGUGUGGCA